AUGGAGCCCAGCGAGGCGCCGAGCCACGGCAGUCUCGCGGAAUCGCAGCCACCGAGGCCGAAGAGGGUUCGCAAAUCGCGGUCAAGAGGGUUACGGACCAAGACUGGAUGUUUAACUUGCCGGAAACGACACAAAAAAUGUGAUGAACAGCAACCCGUAUGCGGGCCCUGCUCAAUAUCGAGCCGGGACUGCAUCUACGCAGAUGGGCCAGCUGCCCCGGCACCUCAGAGUCAAGGCUCGCCUACUUUCAGCCGUCAUGCCAAGAGAGAGGUCGUUGUGCCUGCCACCAUACCUGAAGUUCCGCGACAUUCGAUGUCUAGUACUACUGGGCCAAGUCCGCACAAUCUGUAUCCUUCUCCUGUGGAAGCUCCACAACCAGCUCCAGCAAUGACCUUAGCUGAGGCGUAUCAAUAUGCAUACUCGCCAGAUACUGUGGCCUCGGAGCUGCUAACAACUGAUAUGGCAUCAAAUCGGUGGCUGGACUUGCUGGCAACGGACGCGGCCCAGGCAGAUGCUGGGUUUUCCUUGGCUCCAAGUCCUGCGCCGGAAGACUCGGUGUCCAAUUCUGGUUAUGCAGAACCUCGAACCAUUGGCACCGAGAAUCAGCCUGUUCAAGGUGCCCACUUGAUUCCAACGACCCCGGCUGCAGCAGCUUCAGAGAGACACGCAUGGUCGCUUGAUCGGGACAUUGUUCUUACGAAUCAGGAAGCACUUCUGUUCCGCACUUUCGCUGAAAGAGCUAGCUUGUGGCUCGAUCUAUUUGACCCUUACAAGCAUUUCGGUACUUACGCCAUUAGACUAGCAUUACGAAAUGUCGGCCUCAUGAAGGCCAUCCUCGCGUUGACUGCACGCCACAGCGCUAUUGUGCAAGCUAACAUGGGUGCUACCUCCGAGGUAGACUCCAGUUUGGCAGUGCAAUACUAUUACGAAACGCUGCACUACAUAUCUAGUGCUUUGCAGUAUAACUCCUAUACGCACUCGGAGGAGCUUCUUGGAACGGCUUUGGUUAUCUCCACUUAUGAAAUGCUUGAUUCCUCGGAUAGCAACUGGAAGAGGCAUUUGAAAGGUGUAUUCUGGAUACAACGAUCACAAGAUGUCAAUGGUGCAUCAAAAGGCCUAAGACAGUCAGUCUGGUGGGCUUGGCUUCGCCAAGACAUAUGGGCCGCGUUUCGCGAAAGAAGGCGCUGCUUCAGUUUCUGGCGACCCGUGAAGGACUACCCGGAGUUACGACAGGAUGAACUAGCCGAUCGUGCCGUAUACCUUCUCUCACAGACGGUCAACUACUGCUCGAAAUUGGAGCCAUCACCGACUGAGCCCGAGACGACCGCGAAACGAGCCCGCGUCGGUGAAGCUCUGAUGUCGGAGUUGGAGCGCUGGAAGUCCUACCUUGGCCCCAAGUUUCAGCCGUUACCAACAGCCGCAACUAACCCAAACAGUGUGUUCCAGCCGCUGUGGAUACACCCACCGCAGUUUGCAGUCGCCCUACAGGUCUACAGUUUCGCCUGCAUUCUCAUUACGCUUCAUCGUCCGGCCGUUUCGGGAUUUGACGGGUACCUGAAGACUCAAAGGACACUAUCUGAUGCUGUCGCCACAAUCUGCGGUAUAGCUACUGAAUUGAAAGACGAAGGUAGCCAGAUCCUGUCGGCGCAAUGCCUUUUUGGAGCUGGACUCUGUGUACAAGAUGAAGUGAAGCGUAACGCUAUAAUUUCUCUCAUCAAUGCUUGCGAAGCAAGAACCGGUUGGCCUAUGGAAACUUUGAGAAAUGACCUGAGGGCAGAAUGGGCAAAGGUCGGCUGA